GUCCCUCAUCCCCACCAGAAUAUUCAUCACUGUGCCCGUCGGUUUUUGCCUGCGCAACAGUCAGCCACUAUCUACACCUGCCAGUUUCAAUCAAAAUGGCGAACUCCAAAUACGAAUACGUCAAGUCAUUCGAGCAGCCGGACGUUUUACUCCCCAAUACAUGGAUUGUCGUCCGCAUCGAUGGCAAAGGCUUUCACAAACUUUCCGCCAACUACGGCUUCAUCAAGCCCAAUGACCGUCGGGCCCUGGACCUGAUGAAUGCCGCUGCAGUAGCGGUCAUGAAAGAUCUCCCUGAUCUAUGUAUUGCCUACGGUGUCAGCGAUGAGUACAGUUUCGCUUUCCACCCCAGCUGCCAAUUAUUCGAGCGGCGGAGUGCCAAGCUGGUGACGACCAUUGUGUCCACCUUUACGGCGUAUUAUAUCUAUCUAUGGGGGACGUAUUUCCCUGACACGCCGUUGCAGCUGACCGGUCUGCCUUCGUUUGAUGGGAGAGCGGUUAUGUAUCCCAAUUCCAGGAUCUUUAGGGAUUAUAUGAGCUGGCGGCAGGUGGAUUGUCACAUUAACAACCUUUAUAAUACGACUUUCUGGGCUAUGGUUCAGCAAGGUGGGAUGGCCAAUCGGGAUGCUGAACAGGAGUUGAAGGGCACCAUAUCGUCCGACAAGAACGAGAUUCUCUUCAAGAGGUUCGGCAUCAACUACAACAAUGAGGAGGAGAUUUAUAAGAAGGGCAGUGUAAUCUACCGCCAGUAUCAACUGGAGGAUGUGAAAGCAAAAUCAGACUCGAGCAUCCAGGAAGAAACGUCACCCUUGCAGGAGGCUACUCCUUCAAGGACACAACAGGACAAGAUGCGUAAACUGCGGAACAAGGCACAGGUGGUGGUUGACCAUGUCGAUAUCAUCAAAGACGCGUUCUGGGAGAGACGGCCUUGGAUUCUUUCUGGAAAGCCUGGAAAGCUGCCAGUGGAGCCUAAAUAGAUGAGCUUGCGAUGAGACAUAACGAAGAAUGCAUGU